AUGGCAGAGACACCCAUCAUCAUCCUCCCCAAAGCAGAAAAUGCCUCGUCCUUUGCCUCCCAGACUUCCCCACUGGGUCACGAUGCCGAUGAAUCCAUUGUUGACCUGGGUUGGCACGAGAACCCAGAGAACGUCGAGCAUUUGAUUGACGGCAUCUCUAAUGAAGAUGUCUUCACUCUGGUUCGAAGAUUCAACAAGGUCGUAUGGUAUUUGAAGGAUGCCCCAUCUCCGGCCGUGAAAGCCGGGGGGCUCGACCUAGCAGUGGCACCAGAUCAAGAAUUUGCUCCAAACAAGAUGCGUGCUCAGAUGGAGCGGCUUUAUAUCAGCGUCUUGGUGCGAGCCCUAGCCACCGUGAAGCAUAUCGCACGACUUCGGUCCUGGAACGAGAAAAUGCGAACAGGUGCAUUCUGCUUCCUAUACUUUGGCUUAUGGGCAUUGGACUUGCUUGUAUGUGGCGUGUUGAUCACUACACUCGCACUCAUUGUGUCGCCACGAGUUCGGGACGUGUUAUUUCCCACGGCACCUAUCGCCCUUGUUGACAGCAUAUCCGGCGGAUUGACUCAACCAAACUCUGGUUUACUUGGAUCUCACGACUCCGUCACAGGUGCACCGGAGAACAUGCCGGGUGAAGCUGUGGAGUCUGAAGCCGCCAAUUUCGUGACUGCACUCGCUAGUAUCGGCACCAAUCUGAUGACUGGGGAGGAUCCGGCUGGAGAGCCCAAUCCUCCCGGGCAAGGUACGGGUGGUUUCUCAAAAGCCACACCAGAUGAGGUCACCACGAUGAUAGCAUCCGCAAAAGACAAGGCAGAAGGUGUGAAAGCGCCUUCGCAGGACAAGACCAAAGUGCCUAUGGGAACCAUCAUGUGGUCGAAAGUGCGACCAGCAAUGCACCUACUCACCUGUACCUGCGACAUUGUAGAAAAGUUUGCAAAUGCAUUGAACCCCAAGCCACCUUUUCAUCCAAAUGCGCAUCGCCUCCGACUCGCAAGUGCUCUUGCUCCAAUUGUCGCAGUAUCGCCAUUUGUGAAACGAGAUCUGGUGUUCCAUGCUGCUUCCUUCGUCUUCGGUGUGCUCCUUUUCGGCAAGCCUGCAAUGAGCUCAGCAUCUGAGUGGAUCAAUCAACGAUACCCCGAAUGGUCAGAGAAGAUAGACAUCAACAAUACUCUACUUUAUGGAGUGCCCACAAAUCCCCAACUAGCUCUCAUGCUGCUUCGAGAAGGUGAGAAGAGAAAGACACCUCUACCGCCGCCGCCUCGCAUGGCAAAAGCACCAGCGAAAACAGCGCUGCCCCUCGACAAGAGCAUAAUCAAUGCAACUGCUGGUGACCAACCACUGGGCGCCUCUGGACUCGAGCUGGCAGAGGCUGCCGCACCAAAUGAUGAUACUCUCGACGAUGCUGGCGGAGAUGAUGUUGAGGUUACGAAGCGCGAGGGGAGCAAAGAGCCUCACAAGCUUUUGCGCUUCAUCAAAGGAGCUGCCAGAACCAGCGUCAAAGGGGCUGUGGCCCUUGACAAGGUGCGAGCCAAGCUGGGUCAUGAUGGCGCGCGUAACCGCGCCGGUGUUGUUCCCAGCAAACGCCAGAACGCAAUCAGUGGGCCAUAUCAGUUUGACGCACGCUACCUAGGCGAGAAAGGGUUUCUCUACAUUGACACGAACGCGGUGGUCCCCUUUCUAGCAUUCAACAAACUUUCCGCAAAGACAAGCGGUGGCGUGAGUGCAAGCCCUCCACUGCAGCUGCAACCGGUCUGGACGAUGCCCAUAUCGGACAUCCAAGAGAUACGAAAGCACUCGGGCUAUGGCUUCAAGUCGAAGCUGGCAGCAGGCUGGGCUCUAGACCAGGAAAUUAGCGACGCAAUCGGCCUGCAAGAUCGGCUCGGCAAUAAGUUUGCAGUCACAGCCAUCCCACAACGCGACGCAGUGUUCAAUCGUUUGAUCGCCAUUGGUGACCAGAAGUGGGAGAUGUGGUAA